UAGCCAGAAUGGCAACGUCAUCUGAAGAAGUGUUACUGAUUGUAAAGAAAGUACGUCAGAAGAAGCAGGAUGGAGCUCUCUACCUUAUGGCCGAAAGGAUAGCAUGGGCACCCGAAGGCAAAGACCGAUUCACAGUCAGCCAUAUGUACGCAGACAUAAAAUGUCAGAAAAUCAGUCCAGAAGGUAAAGCUAAAAUUCAGCUUCAGCUAGUAUUGCAUGCAGGGGACACAACCAACUUUCACUUCUCCAAUGAAAGCACAGCAGUUAAGGAGCGAGAUGCGGUAAAGGAUCUUCUUCAACAACUGUUGCCCAAGUUCAAAAGGAAAGCUAAUAAAGAACUUGAGGAGAAGAACAGAAUGCUGCAAGAAGAUCCUGUUUUGUUUCAGCUCUAUAAAGACCUUGUUGUGAGCCAAGUAAUCAGUGCUGAAGAAUUCUGGGCCAACCGUUUAAGCCUGAAUGCAGGGGAUAAUUCUGCAGCACCUAGUAAGCAGGAUGUGGGCAUCUCUGCAGCAUUUCUGGCUGAUGUACGGCCUCAAACAGAUGGCUGCAAUGGUCUGAGGUAUAAUUUGACUUCAGAUAUCAUUGAAUCCAUAUUUCGAACAUAUCCUGCAGUAAAAAUGAAAUACGCAGAAAAUGUUCCACAUAACAUGACCGAGAAGGAAUUCUGGACACGGUUUUUUCAGUCUCACUAUUUCCAUCGGGACAGGCUCAAUACAGGCUCAAAAGACCUCUUUGCGGAAUGUGCCAAACUGGAUGAAAAAGGGUUAAAAACAAUGGUGUCCCAAGGAGUAAAAAACCCUCUGAUAGAUUUAACAGCUUUGGAAGAUAAAACAUUAGAUGAAGGCUAUGGUGUUGCUUCUGUGGCCUCUACAUCAAAUGCCUCAAAAUCCGCUAGAGAAAGUAGCAAUGCUGCCAUUAUAAAACGCUUUAAUCAUCAUAGUGCCAUGGUCCUUGCAGCUGGCCUCAGGAAACAAGAAGCACAAAAUGACCAUUACAGUGAGACCAGCAGUACGGAUGGAAACUCCAGGGAUUCAGAUUUCUUUCAACCACCAAUGAAAAAG